CCAACAAUUUACAACAGAUCAGAAAAAUGGAGAAAUUUAGAUCUAGCUACCCACAAAAACGGACGAAGUCUGAUACCUUACUAAUGUAACAAUAAAAAAACCACAAAACUGUAGAUCAAGCUACCCGGAUCAGAAUUCUGCACCAAGGGAAGAAUAUGUAAAACACAAUCAUUCCCAGAUCUCCACCCCCAAUCAAUCAUCAACAGCAACCCUCAAAACACCUCCAGAUCCUCCCUUUUUUUGACCUAAUUUUUUAAUUUUUAAUUUUUACUUUUUCGUCAUCUCCUUCCUCUCCCAAACAGCAGCCGCCGCCGCCGCCGCUCAACCACCGCUGUCGCGCCCUCCUUUGCGCCGCCACCGUGCCCCACCGCGUGCUCAGCAACCACGCCCGCGUCCUGCUUCUCCAGCCCUCGCGAUUCCUCUUGGGUGUCCCUCCAAGGCCGCGCCGCCGCACUCUCUGGGCACCACCGUCGCUGACUUAACCCACGCCGCCGACCAACCGACCGCCAUCCUCAACCUACCAGAGGCCAGGAGCCACCCACACACUCCCUCCUUUCUAAGCGAAGCAGAGAGAGGUACCGAAGAAGCAUCGUUGGAAGCCAUAGGCGUGAAGAUCAAGAGUUUCGAAAAAAAAUUGUUGUCAGCGAUGGAGGUUGGUCGGUGGCCAGAGUUCGAAGGAAGGUGCUGGGAGGAGAAGGGGGUGGAAGAGGCAUGCAAGUGAAGGGGAAAAUCAGAAGGUUCUGGGGUUAAUUUAGAAUUACAAUAAACCUACAGAAGAAAUGCCCAUAGAAUCAAUCAUCCAUCUAAGCCCGCAAAACCCAUGGCUUCCGCUCCCUUUGCCGUUCCAACAGCUCCGCCGCACUACUCCCACAUAGGCCACCGUGCCUUCAGCCGUGAAGCACGCUGAUCCCCGUCACCGAAAGCACCCUCUUCACUUCUUGUUCCUUAUUAUUCGUAGAGAGCAGCGAUGGCUAUCGAAACUCUAGUUCUUGGCGCUGGUCAAGAGGGAGGGAAGAGUUGCGUGGUGGUGACCAUCAACGGGAAGCGAAUCAUGUUCGAUUGCGGAAUGCACAUGGGCCUCUUGGACCACCGUCGAUACCCUGAUUUCUCUCUCAUCUCCUCUCAAGGCCAUUACGACGCUGCACUCUCCUGCAUCAUCAUCACUCACUUUCACUUGGACCAUGUUGGAGCAUUGGCUUACUUCACCGAAGUUUGCGGGUAUCGCGGUCCUAUUUAUAUGACGUACCCAACUAAAGCUCUAGCUCCUUUGAUGUUGGAAGACUAUCGGAAGGUAAUGGUUGAUCGUCGGGGUGAGGAAGAGCUAUUCACUUCAGAAAAUAUUGCAGAGUGCAUCAAGAAAGUUAUUGCUAUAGAUCUGAGGCAGACUGUGCAAGUAGAUGAAGAUCUGCAGAUACGUGCAUAUUAUGCAGGACAUGUUAUUGGAGCGGCAAUGUUCUAUGCAAAAGUUGGAGAUGCAGAAAUGGUUUAUACAGGAGACUACAAUAUGACAGCAGAUAGACACCUCGAAGCAGCUCAAAUCGAUAGAUUACGGCUUGACCUUCUUAUAACUGAAUCCACGUAUGCGACUACAAUACGUGAUUCAAAAUAUGCUCGUGAGAGGGAAUUCCUCAAAGUCGUUCAUAAAUGUGUUUCUGGUGGAGGAAAGGUGCUUAUUCCAACAUUUGCUCUUGGUAGAGCUCAGGAAUUAUGCAUUUUGUUGGAUGACUACUGGGAGCGCAUGAAUUUGAAGGUUCCUAUCUAUUUCUCAGCAGGUUUAACUAUUCAAGCUAAUAUGUACUACAAAAUGCUUAUUAGUUGGACAAGCCAGAAGAUUAAAGAUACAUACUCUACACAUAAUGCAUUUGAUUUUAAGAAUGUUCACCAUUUUGAAAGGUCUAUGAUUAAUGCUCCUGGUUCUUGUGUUCUCUUUGCCACUCCUGGGAUGAUAAGUGGUGGAUUUUCACUUGAAGUUUUUAAGCACUGGGCACCGUCAGAAAAUAACCUUAUCACUUUGCCUGGGUAUUGUGUAGCUGGGACAGUAGGACAUAGAUUAAUGUCAGGUAAGGCCACCAAAGUUGAUGUGGAUCCUGAGACACAAAUAGACGUGCGUUGCCAGAUUCAUCAAUUGGCUUUUAGUCCUCACACAGAUUCUAAAGGAAUAAUGGAUCUUGUAAAAUUUCUCUCCCCAAAGCAUGUUAUAUUAGUGCAUGGUGAGAAGCCUAAAAUUGCUUUGCUUAAAGAGAAAAUUCAUUCUGAGUUGGGGAUUCCGUGUCAUGAUCCUGCAAAUCAUGAAACCAUAUGCAUUUCCUCCACUCCCUACGUAAAGACAGAAGCCUCUGGCACUUUCAUUCAAAACUGCUUGAACCCGAACUUCAAAUUCCAGAAAUGCAGUUCAGUGGACGAAUGUGACUCUACUUUGACAGAAAAAAACUUAAUGCCUGAACUUCAAGUUAAAAACUGCUUGAAUCCGAACUUCAAGUUCCAGAAAUGCAGUUCAGUGGAUGAAUGUGACUCUACUUUGACAGAAAAAAACCUAAUGCCUGAACUUCAAGUUAAAGAUGAAAGAGUAGCAGAAGGAGUUCUGGUUAUGGAGAAAACAAAAAAGGCAAAGAUUGUUCACCAGGAUGAACUUCUGCUCAUGUUAGGUGAAAAGAAGCAAGGGGUUUAGUUUGCAUAUGGCUGUCCUUUACAUAUUGAUCGCUCAAUGGAAAGCUUAAGUUAACACGUGCUCUUGGCCUCAAUUCUUGCAUUUGACUUUUUAUGGUGACUAUCCGCGAAAGAAUCUUUUUGGUGAAGGUCACACUCGAUAUCUUAGAGAAAUCUGUAAAUGCAAUCAUUUUAUGCAUCUCUCCUCUGCAUAAUUAUUGUCCUUUUAGGAUUGAGGACAGGCAUAACCAUAUAUCAUAGCAGUGUAUUUCUGCUUCAUUUGGUCAGCCGUUAGAAAAAAAGACUUGUAAGGGAACAAAUUUCGGCAGUAUCAAUGGUUAUGAGUGAAUCAGUAAAACAAAUAUAGAAAGUGAAACAGUUUAAACAUAACAGCUUGAGUUGGGGUCAUUCUUUUUGUUGGGCGAUUGAUGGGAGUGGAUUCCAAUAGAUGGAGACAUCGUACAAGGUUCAGGUACUAUGGGCUCAAAAUGCAGAAGUGAGAUUCUGGUGUUUAUUUUACCCCUUACUUUGCUGUGGUUAUUUUAGGUUAUGUUAGUAAAGAAUUAUUGGUAGGUAUCAUUUAAUUAAUCUUAUUUCAGUUUGGUUUUAUGUUUCACUUAUUUAUUUUGAAAGUUGCCCUUUGUAUAACCAAUUUUUGCAGAAGUAACCAAAAGACAUGUGGUUGUAUGAAAUGUGAUUAGUUCCUUCAAAAAAUUGUAUUAGCAAGUGA